UAACAUCUGCACUUUUUUUUGUAUACGUGUCUAUUUUCUUCAUCGCAAGGCUAUGGAGUUAGCCUCGACAUUGCCGACACCAGCAAAGAUUGGCAGUACCUUUUGCAAUUGUUCUACACCCAGAGCAAGAAAUCGAGUCCAGUGCACGAGCACGGCACAAGCAACUAGAACCUUGGAGCUGGAAUUAACUUAUCUGGAGGGAAAUAGCUGGCUGUGGAGAGUGUCGGGGGUCUCUAUUUUGGUUGAUCCAGUCCUUGUUGGAAAUCUAGACUUUGGAGUUCCUUUUCUAUAUGAUGGUGCAAAGAAAAACCUCCACAAACUCAAGCUUGACGAACUUGGAGAUGUGGAUUGUCUACUUAUCACCCAAAGUUUGGAUGAUCAUUGCCACAAAAGAACUCUAGAGCCUCUCUCAAAGAUUUAUCCACAACUUCAAGUCAUUGCAACUCCAAAUGCUGAGCCAAUUCUUAGCAAGAUCUUCAAACAAGUCACUUACAUAGAACCAGGCCAAGAGACAAGUUUCAGGGCCUCAAGCAAGUCAAGUUUAAAAGUAACAGCUUCCGCAGGACCUGUUCUUGGACCUCCAUGGCAACGACCAGAAAACGGCUACUUUGUUGAGACGUCUGAUCCAAAUGCCCGAAUUUACAUUGAGCCUCACUGUGUUUUUGAUCGGAAAUUGCUCCAAGGCAAAACAGCUGAUGUGGUGAUUACGCCUGUGAUCCAACAAAAGCUUCCAUUGUUUACACUUGUGUCAGGCCAAGAGGACGCAGUGGAGCUUGCUAAGACUUUACAGCCAAGAUAUGUUGUACCUAUGAACAAUGGCGAUUUAGAUGCCAAAGGAAUCCUUGCAAAGCUGCUGGUUGAAGUGGGGACUGUAGAGAGCUUCAAGACAUCUUUAAAAGAAGUUGCACCAAGAACACAAGUCGUGGAGCCAACACCUGGGAUUCCACUCCACUUGACAUUGUGAGAGACUCAAGCAUCUGGAUCAAGGGAGCCGAGCUAUUCCAGUGGCAUAAGGAAAUGAUUAAGUCUCGACCUCCACCCCACUUGCUUUAGUGAAGUUGCUAUUGUCUCUGGCUUAAUCACAAGAUUGUCAAAGUUAA